ACUGUGUCACUUCUCAGGGAAGCCGUAGUUAAAACCUUGGCCGACUGACGUCAAAGAUUAAAAGUGUGUUGCAGACACUUCGCGGACUAAUUAGCGGGGAGAACUGCGCGUUUCGCCGCAACUUUCGAGCCGCUUUUACAAAUACUAGGUGCGUUUCGCGGCGCUUGACUUGUCCUUCGAGAGAAGUUUUCUUUUCUCUGCGGCUUCAGACACCAGCAGCUCCUGCAACUCACGCGCCCGUCACCACCACCAUCAUCAUCAUCAUAAUCGUCGUCGUCGUCGUCGUCUCGUCAGCGGAGACACUCCGCGCGCCCGGCGUCACCUGUACAGGCGCGCGCGUGGCUGAGCCGCGCGGGCAGCGGCGCGUCCCUCACGAGACAACCUUGGGUUAGGCUCCGGCUCGCCGCGACCUCGCUCAGGACAAGUGGUUUCGGGCAGUGUGAAAUCUGCAUCAGUGCGUGGAGGAUGGAGCCUCACGACAAGGAGAGACCGCUGCCGGAAAACGGACCCUUGCCCCCUAAGACCCAGGCCUCCUGCUGUUCCAGUCUCAAGAUGUUCCUGGUGGCCUUGUCCUUUGCCUACUUUGCCAAGGCUCUGUCUGGGAGUUAUCUGAAAAGCACAAUCACUCAGCUGGAGAGGCGCUUCGACAUCCCCAGUUACUUAAUCGGAGUUAUUGAUGGAAGCUUUGAAAUAGGUAAUUUGUUGGUGAUCGCGUUUGUGAGUUACUUCGGAGCCAAGCUUCACAGGCCCAAAAUAAUUGCCAUCGGAUGCCUCCUCAUGGCUCUCGGAACAUUCCUGAUCGCGAUGCCUCAUUUCAUCAUCGGACGCUACAAGUUUGAAACAUCAAUUCCAUCUUCUGCAAACUCGACCAUUAGCCUCAGUCCAUGCCCAGUUAGCUCACCUGAUGUCCUGCCAACAGGGGAGAGCCCAGUGCCAAGUGCAGGACCCGGUUGUGAACGGGAGUCUAGUCUCUCCAUGUGGAUUUACGUUUUCCUGGGGAACGUGUUACGCGGCAUCGGCGAGACUCCUGUGCAGCCGCUGGGAAUCUCGUACAUCGACGACCACGCCCGGCCAGACAACGCAGCCUUCUAUAUCGGCUGUGUCCAGACGGUGUCCAUCAUCGGCCCCAUAUUUGGGUACCUUCUCGGAUCUCUGUGCGCCAAAAUUUACGUGGACAUUGGAUUUGUAGACAUGGAGAGCAUCAGCAUUACCCCGAGCGACGCCCGCUGGGUGGGGGCCUGGUGGUUGGGCUACCUCAUCGCGGGGGCCAUCACCCUCAUCUCAGCCAUCCCGUUCUGGUUUUUGCCCAAAGCACUGUCUGUGCCAGGGUCCCAUCGCCAGUCUGGAUGCCCACCGCAGCAGUCACGCUUCAUCACAGACUCGAUUCAUGGCGAGCACAAGUAUGUGCCAGAGGAACCCGCCAAUUUCCCAGAAAUGGCCAAAGAAUUUCUUCCGUCACUGAAAAACCUGCUUGGAAAUCCAGUGUACUUCUUGUAUCUCUGUGUGACUAUAAUCCAGUUCAACUCCCUGAUUGGCAUGGUCACAUACAAGCCAAAGUACAUUGAAGAACAUUACGGCCAGUCGGCAUCGAAAGCCAACUUUCUGAUGGGCGCCAUCAACAUCCCGGCCGUGGCCCUGGGGAUGUUCUUGGGGGGCGUGGUCAUGAAAAAAUUCAAGCUGAGCAUCAUGGGAGCAGCCAAGUUUGCGUUCGGAACCUCCCUGCUGGGCUACUUCCUGUCCCUCUUCUUCUUCGCCAUGGGCUGCGAGAACUCCAAGGUGGCAGGGAUAACUGUGUCUUACAAGGGCGCAGACGUGCUGGCACAUCAAGAAGCAUCCCAGGUCACCGACUGCAACAAGAACUGCUUGUGUUCCGGGAAGGACUGGGACCCGGUGUGUGGAGAGAACGGGAUCACGUACAUCUCUCCGUGUCUCGCCGGCUGCCGUGUGUCCACAGGGUCGGGGAAGAACACGGUGUUUGACCAGUGCCAAUGCCUCUCGGCGGCCGGCUGGGGGCCCGGCAACCUCACCGCCACGGUAGGACACUGUCGGCACAGGGGUGGCUGCGAUCGGGUCUUUCCCUACUUCCUGGCCCUGUCUGUCAUCAGCUCCUUUGUCAUCUCGCUGGGUGGAACACCAGGGUACAUGUUGCUCAUCAGGUGCAUAAAACCAGAACUGAAGUCUCUAGCUUUGGGAUUUCAUACUUUAACAACUCGAACACUUGCGGGGAUCCCUGCUCCUAUAUACUUCGGAGCCAUCAUCGACACGACCUGCCUGAAGUGGGGCCGCAAGCGGUGCGGAGGAAAGGGCGCUUGCAGGAUCUACGACACCACGGCCUACAGGAUAGUGUACCUGGGCCUGACCCUUGGCCUGCGAACUGCGUCCUUCUUUCUGUGCGCUCUGGGCUUCGUCCUCCUCAGGAGACACGUCAGGAGGGAGGAGAAGAGCAGCCUGGCCAACGGUGGCACGGAGAUCGAGUCCCUCACCAAGGAGGAGAACAGCUCAUUGAACUGUGACCAGUUCGUGCGGAACUCGGACUGCGACCCGGACAGGGAGACGCGACUGUGACGGCGACUCAUUCCGCUUUGUUUUUUCAACUUAUUUCCCCAAAGCAUGCAAGGCAUGAUGGGAACACUGGCCAAGUUGAACGAUUUCAUAGAAUAUAAAUUAUAUAUUUGUACUGGACAUAUGUAGAUUUUGCGACACAAAAAAAGUGUUUCUAAUAUAACUGAAAUAAUAUUUCUUUAAUGUGUAUGCUGUUGUACAGAAACUGGAACACUGAAUCUCUACCAUUUUGUAGCAAAGAACAUAAUUUUGUUUCGUUUUCUGAGAAAAAAAUAUUUUGAAGAGUUUGAUUUUUUUUUCUUUUUUUCCAUCUCACUAAUGAUGUGUUGUGUGCUUGUAUUUUUCUAAGAAACCGUGCACAAUGUACAGCCGUUUAGACACAGCCCUUUGAGGAGUGGAGCUGGAGCAUUUCCCCUCUUUGGUCGUGCUAUAAAUUUGAAAUGCGCAACAUGGCGACGUGAACAGCGACAGAGGGGUUCGCUGUGUGCUCGUGACCGGGUGCCUUUCACUGACAAAUAGAUCGCCGUGCAUUGUUGUGUUCACUUUAUUGCAGUUUUGUGUGUUUUUUGUGGAGAGCCCGAACAUUUGUUCUUUUUACCCUGGGCGGACAUGGUACGUCCUUCGUAGGUCAUUUCUUACAAACGUUUCUUUUAGAAGAGACCAAUUUGUCAUAGUACUAAUCUAGGCCAGUUUACUGUAGGAUGAAGCCUAUGUGCAACAGCAUUAUCCCAGGGGACAUUUUUGUAAAGAGUCUGAAAUGCUUCAAAGCAUCUGUUUUUAUCAUUUAGUAAUCUUGCCUCCAUCGGAUGGGUUGCCAUUCACUGACACAGACUAUUUUUACAUUUUUCAUGUAAAACAGGUGAAUUCUUUUGUGCGGCACCAUUCUGCAGUAGUAUUUUCUGUACUUAACCUUCUGCUGAACUGCUGCAGUAGAGGUGUGAGGAGACCCGGGAAAUUUGCAUACGCACCGGCCCACCGAGAAAAAUCAGAUCAGAAACUUACAGUGAGACACAAAUGUAUCGGACGUGCAUAAAUUUCCCCAGCAUCGGUGUCAGUUGCCAUCGGGAUGAAGCGGUUCGUUUUGCGGUGUUUUAAGGAAGGUCCACGAGGGAUGGUAGGUUGUCUGUCUUGAGUGUAUGACUUACCUGGGUCUCAUAAUAACAGCACCUCACGAUGCUGUGCAAUGAUGCUGUCCACGAUGCUGGACCUCGGCGAAAAUGCCGAGGUAACGGGGUGCGGGUCCGCAUUUAUUUGAAUACGAGCACUCGCCGAACGUCCCCGCUUUCCCUGAGCACGGCACUUGCACCGUAACUGUGGGCCAUUGUGUUACAACAUAAUGCAGCGUUCAGAGUCCUUAUGACGGUUUUCAUUUUUGCUCAGUAAGAGGCAAAGGUCAACAAAACAGACUCAGCUGAACUCUAAGGCUCUUUUUAUUCAUCAUCUCAAUGGCAGGAGCACAA